UUUUAAACGCGUUCAAGUGUUCAUUGGUUGCACGGGGCCGAUACAAUUUUUCGGAGUUUUUAUGAAGUGAUGUUAGACUUCGGUUAACGGCAAUGCAACAUAACGUACUUUGACGUGCAGCGUGACAGUUUGACGCGAUUGAAAACGUGCGCAUACAAGUGAUUUGUAAUUUUAUUGCUAAACAUUUUUAAAUCCGAAACCAAUUUAAUAAAAAAAACUAAUUCAACAAAGCUCGCUGAAUAUUUAUAAAAAAAUAUAUCCCUAUUUUAAACUCAGUAUUGUGUGGUAAUGAACGAUAUUAGAAUGGGCUUCAAGCAUACUAUGCUGCAACGCCUACAAAACUAUGAUGUGUAUCCCGCGAAAUCUGUGUCCAGCAGCAACAGCUCGGAAUCGGGUGACGAACAAACGCACCAAGCCACUCACGUCACCGAUUUCAGUAUUAGUCGCAUAUUAGGUGAUGAUGCGCAACCAAAAGGUGCUUCAAAAAAUUGCAAGGAUUCCGCCAAAAUACCGACGCACAAGGUCAAGCCAUGCACUCCUACGUCCGAGACUUCAGCGUCUCUUGCUACUGAUAUACUGGACCUGUCGAAAUCCUCUCCUUCAGCAGAUCAGGCGCCAACAAUCACUACACCUCGUCAACCCGCCUAUCCAACACCUACCUACCAUGGAUUCCAUUCCGACUUCAUAGCCGCCGCUGCAGCCGCAAAUGCAACGAAAUUGUACGCGCAAUUUUUUCCUCAUAUGUUCGCUACAUACGCGGUGCCCAACUUCAACGCACCCACAGCGGUGACACCUUACCAAAAACGCUACUUUGCACCGUAUGUCAUUAACUCAGCGUCAGCGGAUACCAUUUCUGCCGCCCAGUUGAACAACUCCCGUUUAUCGACGUUGCCGAACUACUUAAGUACGCCAAUAUCGUGUUCAUCGCCUAAAAAUGUUUACGCACGCGCGGGUUGUACUGAUUGUUUAGAUUAUUAUAAACAACUUCCGGCGUAUAAAUCAUCCGUGCCGUCGGUACCUUCUUCGCCCUCCUCCUCAGCGUCGUCGACGUGUCACUCGUCGUUUAGUACAAACUACUUGAAAGCAAAGUCUUCUACUGAACUACUUCUCAAAUCUUCAACAAUUGCGCUGACGACGGUGUCCAAUUUCAACUUAACUGCGAAAACGACAAACAUGUGUGCGAGUAAUCCUACUUCUAUAUCGGCUUUGAAUGCCGAGGAAAUAAGCUACAAAUGCUGCAUUUGCGAUAAGGUUUUUGGAUGCUCACAAACAUUACAGGCUCACGAGAAGACUCACAAAUCGCCACGCUACGAAUGCACCGAUUGCGGUAAAGGCUUCUCCCAGUUACGAAAUUACAAAUAUCAUCUAUCCGUGCAUCGCGGCACCAAAGAAUUCGCCGCUGAAUGCCCGGAAUGCGGCAAAACAUUCAACGACAAAGGCUACCUCAGCAGCCACAUGAAGAUCCAUCGCAACAAAAAAGAGUACGAAUGUCCAUAUUGCCCCAAGUCGUUCAACCAGCGCGUGGCAUUUAACAUGCACGUUCGCAUACACACCGGGGUUAAACCACACAAGUGCGCCGAAUGUGGCAAACGUUUCUCACGGAAAAUGCUACUGAAACAACACAUGCGUACCCACAGCGGCGAGAAACCCUACCAGUGCUCCGUGUGCGGCAAAUCUUUCGCAGAUCGAAGCAACAUGACGCUGCAUCACAGACUACACUCAGGUAUCAAACCAUUCAACUGUCCCAUUUGUCCCAAGGCAUUCACCAAGAAGCAUCACCUCAAAACGCAUCUCAACUACCACACCGGCUGCAAGCCGUACGUCUGCCCGCAUCCAAACUGUAAUCAGGCCUUCACUCAGUCCAGCAACAUGCGCACGCAUGCCAAGAAAUGCCAAUAUCGUCCGCUGCAAUUAUCCUAUCCGGUUGGGUCGAUAGCGAGCAGCGCAUCAAACGCGGUACCAUCAUCCGCUAUGACACUGCCCUCCACAACUGCGGCGUCAUUAACACCAAUUGUGUCGCGCCUCAACAUACCAACUUCGCCAAUCGUUUCUGGAACUAGCACAAAUGCCGUGACGGCUGCGGCAGCCCUGUCUGCGGCAGCUGCGGCGGUGGCCAGCACAACGGCAUCGCCACACAUUCCUAAUUUGCCAACGGCCCUGUCGGCUGGUAUGCGUAUGUUAUCCGCAGUGUCCGUUAGUGGCGCUGUCACGCUACCUAGCGGUACCACAUCCGGUGGUCACAAUGCUGUCGCACAGCAGCCGCUUUUGCCAUUUCCUCCUGCGCAACAGCCGCUAAUGAGUACACUACGACCGUUUUAAUUGAGGCGAGGGCAGUUUUUUUUUUUAAUUUGUAACUUGCAUCUUAAUUAAUUAAGGCACAGUUUAUUAGUGCUGGUUUAAACUCAGUUUAAACUAAAUUUAGUCAAACUCAGUUUAAAUUUAAACAAAGUUUAAACUACUGACCAGUUUUUCAGUGCGAGUUUAAGGCCUCUUCCUAGUUUAGUUGUUAUAUAGGGCAACACUUUUUUUCCUUAUGCAGAUGCAAAACUUCAGCUAUUUAUUUUAACUUUUGAUAUGAUCGCGUUGAAAGUUCUGAUUUUAGACGGAAAUGUAAAGAAUUUGUUAGGUGAUUCAUGUGUUGUUCGACCAAAUUGCCCUAUGCAAGUAAACUCUAAAUCAAGUUGCGUUUGUUAAUUUUCUUGUGAACACUUUUCAUCUUACAACAACAACAUUUCGCUUAUUUAUGUAUGUAUUGCUAUAUAAGGGCCAAAUUCACAGUGCGUAGUUAACUGCCGAUAUUGAGUUGACUACUGUGAACUUGGCACUAAGCGAGUCUGUUUUCGUGUAUUUCACAAACAAUUUUAAUUUUUUUUCCUCCUUUUUCAUCUAAAUUUUGCAGCUGACUAUAAAUAUACAACUUACGGCCAGUUUUUCAGUGCCAGUUUAAACUUAGAUUAAGUAAACUGAGUUUAAAUUGAACAGCUGGCUGACAUUUCAUUGGCUAAUCUUAGUUUAAACCAGCCAGCUCGGGGGCUUAAACUGGGUUUAAACUACGGCCGCGCAAGGAAAAACAGGCCCUUAACAGCGGAUAGUUUAAACUCGGUUUAACCCAGCCAGAUUGGGCGUUUAAAUUUAAAGUUUAAAGUAGGUUUAAAUUUGACUGAAAAACUCCACACUGAAUUUAAACUUAGUUUAAACGACACUGAAAAAAUUGGCCCUAAACAACACAUAUCGUCGCCUGGAUCGAAAAUUAUCGCAAGCGCCAUUUAUAAGAUUUUUAGUUACAGAUGCUGUUAUGUAUGUAUGUAUAUCUCCGAAAGUAGCAUGCGACAAUAUUUUAUCCAGGGAACGAUAUAUGUACAUAUGUAUGUGCGUAAGUAUCUAAUAUUUAUGUAAGUAAGUAUAUUUGUGAUGUAAUCUGAAUAGUUUUACUGUCAUGGAUUUUCUACCUUUGUAGCUUUAACAUUUUUGGGAUCCAAAAAACUUCCGUAGAAAUAAAUAUUAUGAGUAUUUAUCUGAAUGCGCAAAUGCCUCGUAAAUGCGUAACCUUCGUAAAAACCUGACUUACAUGGUUACGAGGCAUUUACGCGAUUAAAUGAAAACGCCUAUUGUAAAUAUAAGUAUUUUUGUAAAGUGGAGUGUGCUUAGAUACC